UUCUCUGUCGGACCAGAUCAGCAGCAGCAGCAGCAGCCCUGGGUAGCUCAGCCGUCAAAGUCUUCGGACUGGUCAAACACGACCGGAACCAAACGCAGCAUCCGAGACCGACGGCUGCCAGUUUUGCGACCGGCACUACAGAACCAGGGUCGUGUUCUGACCCGGUUUGUCUCCUGGUAACUCGGGGCGCAGUCAGCUAACGGGACUGCUAGCGUUAGCUGCAGGCUAAACCACGAAGCUAACCGUGCAACAGCAGCUGAACUCCGUUAAUCACCUCGAUACCGGACUCCCGGUCUUCAAGUUGGGCCCAGUCGGUCCUGGAGUUUGUAUGCAGCCAACAGCGGCCGGGUUCACUUUAAACCCGGUCCAGUUAGCUGCUGUUAGCGGGUUCGUCAGCAACAAGUGAAGGAAAAGCUCCGCACGUUAAGUCAGAACAGCGCGAGGACACGCAGGAAACACUGUCUGCAUGAAGUUUGAUCAGUUUCAUCUGAAUCACUUCUUAGAGUUACGUUAGUGAAGUUAAGUUUUUUAUUUGUAUUUAGUGCACCCAACAGUGAAAUCUCCCCCAGUAGCGUCACUGUGACGUAAUGCCUGAACUCCGAGAUCCUCACUAUCUUUACACAGCGGCUCAUCCGGGUACUUGGCCUUGUGUCAGGCUCCGCCCCCUUGUCGGUGAACACAGUUAUGCUAAUUGGUAUCGAGCUGUUUGCCCCACUGAGCCCAUCAAAGCCCAGGAAGGUCUGAAUGUAACGCUCCAGUGUGGUCUGGAUCCCAGAGUCAACCUGCUGGAUUAUACAUCCGACUGGAACAGAGCUGAUCUGGAUAAGUUUGUUCACGUCUAUCGACACAGACGCGAUGAUCCUGAUCCACAGCUGCAUGUGUACAGAGGCAGGACCGCUCUGGUCCAUGAAGACCUGAGCAGAGGAGUCCUGACCCUGCUCAUCUCCUCAGUCCAGCUGUCUGACGCUGGACCCUACAGAUGUUUUGUCCCAAAUCUGAAGGCAGGUUGCACCAUGAAGCUGACUGUUGGACAGAGAGAAACAGCCAGCACACCCAGACCUCCACUGGACCUCGUGACCCAGCCAGACCUCCCUGACGGUGAAAACAGGAACGCUGUCCGUGCUGGAAUCAUUUCCACUCUUUUCCUUCUCCCCAUCGUCGUCAUGGUUGUUCUGGUUGUGAGGAGCAGAAGGACCCAGGAGGAGGAGGAGAACAAGGAGCAGGAGGAGCAGCUGUAGAAGACCUUUCACUGUAACAUCGUCUGAGAGAUGAAGUGAUGGACGGCCGUCUGUCCACGACCACGAAGCUCUGAGUAUUUUCUACAGGCCAAAAAUAACCAACAUGUCAACUUGAAUAAUCUAAAUAAUCCAUCUGAGUGGAGACGUGUUCAGAUCACCUCUGUGCCUUAAUGCAGCUGAAGACUUGUUGUCUCAGAUCUGCUCACGUCGCACAUUUCACCUGUUACUGUAAGAAAACAAUGAAACACAUUUCUGUUCCUACAAAACAUCCACAAAGAGGAUUUAUUUUUAAACUUUGGGCACUUUUUAAACGAUGUAUGGUGUAAAGUUUACAGCACAGGUGCAGUUCAGUUCUGUCAUGUGACCAAAACCAGCAGCAGGUGUUUAUGAAUGAACUUGUUCUACUGUGUGUCAUCUUGUUGGUCACAUGGUGCCUCGACGCAGAACCAGAGCAGCUUUCCAUCAUUUUAAAACAUCAUCAGGAAGGAAACUUUCAUCUCCAGCUGGUUCUGAGAAACUGGUUCCUGCUCUCAUCUUAAACUGGUCCCACUGCUGUAACCGUCUGUACUGGACGACCCACAUCAGACAAUAUGAAGCUUCUGCUCACUGAUCAAACUCUUACUGUCCCUUUAAUCUCUGCUGAGUGUAUCUGAGCAGCACUGCUGUGUUGUUAUGUUGCUGUUUUCUGCUCUGACGUGAAGCUUUUUAUCAGCCUCAUCCAGCGUCUGUCAGCUGAAUAUCAGCAUCCAGAAACUUCACCACUGUGUUUUUAUUUUUCCUUCUUGUUGAAUCUGUUUACUGUCGCACUUUAUCUUCUUCUGACUGGAGAUCAGAUUAAUGUCAAAUUUUAUAUUUUCUUUUUUUUUAAAACGUUUUUUUCACUUUUGUCGACGUCAAAUUUAUUGUAUUUAUCUGCAUAUGACUUGUUGCUCUAUGUUGAAUGUUUCAGUAUAAAACUGAUGAAUGAAUAAAGUGUUUUUCUUUCACUUA